CGAAUAGCGAUACUCACUGUACCUGUGAAAUCUUCAACAAUGAACAGUCUAUCUUUACUCUUUUUGACCGCGUUGGUCCUGGUGACAUCUAACGUACAGUCAACGAAUGGGGCGAUUACCAUUGGAGGUAUUUUGUCUGGAUUGGGAGGAAGCUCUAGCUCAUCAACCACCGAAUCAUCUUCAAAAUCAUCAAUACUUGGAAGUAUAAUAUCUGGAUUGGGAGGAAGUUCUGAUGAAUCAGACGACGAUUCUUCAAGCUCAUCAGUAAUUGGAAGUAUAAUAUCUGGAUUGGGAGGUAGCUCUAACGACUCAUCAGUAAUUGGAAGUAUAAUAUCUGGAUUGGGAGGGAGCUCUAACGACUCAUCAGUAAUUGGAAGUAUAAUAUCUGGAUUGGGAGGGAGCUCUAACGAUUCAAAUUCAAACUCAUCAAUCAUCGGAAGUAUUAUAUCUGGAUUGGGAGGAAGUUCUGAUGAAUCAGACGAUGAUUCUUCAAGCUCAUCAGUAAUUGGAAGUAUAAUAUCUGGAUUGGGAGGGAGCUCUAACGAUUCAAAUUCAAACUCAUCAAUCAUUGGAAGUAUAAUAUCUGGAUUGGGAGGAAGUUCUGAUGAAUCAGACGACGAUUCUUCAAGCUCAUCAAUAAUUGGAAGUAUAAUAUCUGGAUUAGGAGGGAGCUCUAACGGUUCAAAUUCAAGCUCAUCAAUCAUCGGAAGUAUUAUAUCUGGUUUGGGAGGAAGCUCUGAUGAAUCAGACGACGAUUCUUCAAGCUCAUCAAUACUUGAAAGUAUUCUAUCUGGAUUGGGAGGAAGCUCUGAUGAUUCAGACUCUUCAACAGUUCUAGGACGUAUUAUUUCUGCAUUGGACGGAAAUUCUACUGGCUCCGAUACAAUUUUAUCAACGAUUAUAUCCCGACUGGAAGGAAAAACAUCUAAUGAAACUUUAGUUAAAAGAAUAACUGAACGUGUUACAUCCCUAUUGGGAGGAAGUUCUAGUGAUUCUCUAAUCCAAAGAAUAGUAAAACGUAUUCUAUCCCUAAUUUUCGGAAGCAGCAGCAGUUCAUCUUCUAGCAACAGCACAAUAUUAGGAAGUAUCAUAAACCGAGGCAAGCGUGACGUAAGCGACGAGUCCAGUGACAGCUCUGACUACAGUGAUGAAUAACCACGUUGCUACAUUUGAUUCAACAUUAUGAUAUUUAUAAUAAUAAAAUUAUGUGUAUAUUA